CUGGGAUGAUCACGUAAGCGGAUAAGCAAAUGGGACCAGUUAAAAGGCUGAAUGAAAAGCACAAUUUGAUACUGGAAUGUGUUGAAUCUGAUGGAUAAGUAUUUGAAAUGAUAAGCUAGUGGAUUGUGAUAUCUCUUUGUAGAAAUUAUUGUUCAAUCAUUUGGAAUUGGGUAUUUGGAUGGGUUGUUUUGAAGAUCCUGUGAAAGUGCUCAAUGGUUUAUCAGUACAAGCACUAUAUCCCCUGAUAUUGUGGCUAGUAUUAAAUGAACAUAAUCAUGAACCAUUCAGUUUCAUGGUAUAUUCUAAUACCGAUCAGUUGGAUUCUUUGACGUUUAAUCUUUAAUCUUGAUGGAUUUUUCUCGAUGAUUCGAAUUGAAACGUUUUUCCUGUUGGUGUUUGGUUGUUAACCAGAUUCGAGAAAAUAUAAAAAGCACUUCCUUGCAACUUUCAAUUGAACACUGCAACUUACGACUCGCUAUUGGCGAUAUCUCAAUGUUAGGAUUACUCAAAUGUUAGA